ACUUAAAAAUAGCCUCAGUGCCGCGGCUCCCAAUGAGAGGGCCAGAGAUGGCCGCUCCGGCUGCUGCUCCAGGGUCCCGCCACCGGCAGCUGCCCCCCACCCGCUUCCACCCCGUCCACGGGGCCAACAUCUGCCUGGACCCCUCGGGCACGCAGGCCACCCGCCUGGAGAGCUUUGCCAACGGGGUCUGCUUCAGCCGGGAGCCCCUGGAGCCCGGCCAGAUCUUCCUGGUGGAGAUCGAGGAGAAGGAGCUGGGCUGGUGCGGCCACCUGUGCGUGGGACUGACCGCCCUCGACCCCGGCGCCCUGGAAGCGGUGCCCGAGUACUCCCUGCCAGACCUGGUCAACAUGGGCCACAGCUGGGUCUUUGCCAUCACCCGCAACCACAACCGGGUCGCGACGGAGGGGGACCGGCACCAGGACCGGGACCUGCUCUCCUUGCCGUACCUGUGCAUCGAGGAGGCGGUCAAGAUCCCCCGGGACAAGCUGGUGGGGCGCAGCCGGCCUGGGCGCUACAGCCACCUGCUGGAUGACCUCUACAAGACCAACGCCCUCCCCCCCACCGCCCGGAAGAGCCGGAUCGGGGUGCUGUAUGCGCCGAGGCCGGACGGGACGGCCGACAUGCACAUCGUCAUCAACGGGGAGGACAUGGGCCCCAGCGCCAGGGGGCUGCCGGCCUCCCGCCCGCUCUACGCCGUGGUUGACAUCUUCGCCUCCACCAAGAGCGUCCGCGUCAUCCAGGUGGAAUAUGGAUUCCCCUCCCUGCAGACCCUCUGCCGGCUGGCCAUCCAGAAGCACAUUGUCCACCGCCUGGCCAUCGAUGGGCUUGACCUUCCCCCACUGCUGAAGAACAUCUGCAAGUACGAGUGAAGGGGCCGAAGAAGAAAGGCUGUGUCUGCUUUGCAGGAGUCAGCCGGGACGGGACUCCGCUGAUUCCAGGGCUGCAUGAGGGCAGCUACACAAGGGAGAAGCUGAGC